UGUUUGGCAACAUUUUAUGUGCGUGCGGCAUGUUUACUAUGCCGCUGUUUAUUUUUUGUAAAUAUGUAUAGAAUUUUUUUUUGUAUAAUACACUGUUAACAUAUACUCCUCACAAAAUAAAAUGCAGCGCUUAAGAGUGUCUACUUUAUCUCGUUAUGCCUUUUCUUUACAAUACUCAAUGAAAGACACGUGCGUUUCUGAGUACUUGCAAAUUUACGGGAGAUAUGGAUUUACUAGAGCAGUUACUAGGUCAUAUAAAACUUCAGGUUGCUUACCUUAUUAUAUACAAACAGCUAGCUUUCACAAUCCUAGUUCUGUAAUCUGCAAAAGGUAUAAACAUGAAGCAAGUAAUCAAGAUAAAAGCUCAGAAGAAAGUAGCCAGUUGGCUGAAGAACCCCCUGAAAAACUGUCUUUGUUUCAACGUUAUAAAAAAAUGCUUAAAGAAUACUGGUAUGUACUUAUCCCUGUGCAUAUGGUGACUUCAGCAUUUUGGUUUGGAGGAUUCUUCUAUGCUGCUAAAAGUGGUAUAGAUAUUAUUCCAAUUCUGGAAUAUCUCAAUCUUCCUGAAGUCCUGAUUGAACCUUUGCGCAGCUCUUCUCUAGGAAAUAUUGCGGUGGCAUCAGCCUUAUAUAAAUUAGCCACACCUGCUAGGUAUAUGGUUACAGUGGGUGGAACUACAUUUGCUGUUAAAUUCUUGACAAAACGGGGCCUUAUUCGGCCAGUUCCAACAAAAGCCGAAAUCAAAACUCUAAUUCAGAACAAGCUAAAAAAAGACAACAUUGAGAGUGAGAAAUGAUGUAGGAUUUUAUUUAUUGUAUUAUAGAUUAAAAUAUGUUGUGCUUUUA